UUUUUUUUUAAGGGCGAUUCUCGAGGUUUUAAGCUUCGGGAGGACUGCCCCCUCCUUCCUCCUCUCACCGCUCCCCUCUACUCCUUCAGGAUCUGAUUUUGCUUUACCCCACCCCCCUUUUACCCCCCAGUCUUGCGGUGACUUGCUUGGGUCACCCUCCGGCGAUUUUUUUGUUUGUUUUGUUUUUCCUUUGGUUUUGUUUUUUAGCUUGUUUUCUCGGGGUUGUGUUGUGUGUGGAAAUGGCGACCCGGGCAAUUACAAACAGCAUGCCUAACUUUUACAGAUCCGUGAUCGAAGACGUUAUCGAUGAGGUGAGAGACAUCUUUUUGGAAGAAGGAGUCGACAAACAGGUCCUGAUGGAACUGAAAACCCUGUGGGAGGAUAAACUAGCGCAGUCGAGGGCCGUGGAUGGAUUUCAUUCGGAAGAGCAGCAGCUUUUACCGCGAGUUCAACAGCAGCGUCAAACCCAGCAACAGUGGCCUCCUCACCACCACCACCACCACCUGCAAGCUCCACCGCAGCCCGCGGCCCCUCAGCAAGCGCGGCCCCGGCAGGUCCUCAUUCCUGCACCGCGGCCAGCUGCCGCGCCACAAGCUGCUGCUGCUCCGGAUUCUAAGCUGACAAAGCCCAUGAGUGCAUCCAACGUGAGUGCUGCUGCUACAGCUGCCAUCUUAGCACUCCCUGCUGGAGUGACUCCCGUGCAACACGUAUUAACAAGCUCAGGCCAGCUUCUUCAAGUGAUCAGAGCAGCCAACGGUGCCCAGUAUAUCCUCCAGCCUCGGCAGCCCGUGGUUCUGCCGCAGCAGGCUAGACCACCCACGCAGCCUGGCGGAGUACAGCAGGCAUCGGCCCCUCUUCCUGGAGGGACUUCGCCACAGACAGCGGUCAUCCUCCAGCCUCAGCAAAUCGUAUUUACCGGAAGUAAGGCUCGAGUUAUCGCCACCACGGCGGGGGCUCCCACCCCAGCCCACGCGCGGAUAACGGCAGCUGGCCAACAGCCACCGCAGGCCCAGCCUGCCCAGCAACAGGCUCCCUCGGUAUUGCAAGUGGAUGGAACUGGGGAUACAUCGUCUGAAGAAGAUGGCGAUGAAGAAGAUGACGACGAUGAGGAGGAGGAGGAAGACAAAGAGAAAGGUGGAGCUGAAGGUGGGCAGGUCGAAGAGAUGCCCCUCAACAGCGAUGACGACGUGAGUGACGAGGAAGGAGAGAAACUCUUUGAUACCGAACACGUGGUUGUGUGCCUCUACGAUAAGAUACACAGAAGCAAAAACAAGUGGAGAUUUCAUCUCAAGGAUGGCAUUAUGAGUCUUCAGGGAAGAGAUUAUAUAUUUUCCAAAGCCUUUGGAGAUGCAGAAUGGUGAAGCGUUGGUUCUUUGCUUUUAUAAAUAAGAUGAAAGAAACUUUAAAAAAAAUUAAAAGGGACCGUUUGACACUUGGGACAUACGCCAACCAAAACUUAACUUCUGCAUGCCAGAAAAAGUGCUGUGGAAGCAAAGCUACCGGAACAAAGAGGCCUUGACAGCACAGACACUACUUCUAACGGGCGAGCCAUGGAACUGCAGCGCCUGGGGUUGCUGGGGAUUUUGGGGUUUUGUGUAGGAAAACCCUAAUUGUCCAUGUUAAAUACAGGUGCCUGCCACUGGUCAUUAGCAUGUAAAGCUUUGUCUG